AUGAGUGAGACGGAAUUGAGGUUGAAGCAUGGUUUAGAAGGGGAAGGUGAGGAGGUGUCUGCGAAGCGUACGAACAGAACUAAAGGUGUUGCGCAUGUUAAGGCCGAAUUUGUUGUUAGCGGAACGGGGUAUAAUGCAAAUGUUGGAGGCGUUGAGGAUGAUGAGGAAGUUGCGCCCUCGAGACUAGAGGGUGAACAAAGAAAUGGCGGUGCUGGAACUAGGAAGAAGAAGGGUAAGCAAAAGGGCCAAAAUAAAAAUCGGGACAAUAGGCAGGCGAAGGAAGAAAAGCAGCUGUGUGCAACGCUAAUCCAAGGCCCUCAAGAGGGAAAGGAGUGUGUAUACGGCGAAAAAUGUAGGUUCAUCCACGAUAUACGUGAGUAUCUUGAGCACAAGGCUCCGGAGAUGGAGUGCGAGCAGUUCUCUUCGUGUCCUGUGUUUGAAUCUCUCGGGUUUUGUCCGAUGGGCUUUAAAUGCAAAUACUUGUCAAGUCAUUGUGAUAUGGAAAAAUUGGUUUUAGUCAAGCUUCCAGAAGAGCAGCGAACUAAAUUGUGGGAUGCGAAUCAUGAAGUUAACCAUAUCUCUGGUGCUAGAAAGCUGGAUCUGAUUAAAAGAAGAUUUCCUUUUGAGAAAAGUGACUUCGUUUUGGAGAUCAUUGAUGCUAUACAGCAGGAAUUUAGAGAUGAUAUGAAUGGUGCAACAGAGUCACCGGGAGCAGAAAAGGAUGAGGAUGACAGUGUCAAAGCUCCCCAGGUGCAGCAGAGGGAGAAAGAAGUCGCGGCCGCGCGCCAGCGUCAAAAGGACUUAUACCUUAAGUACCAUGACACGCGCUUUUUUGCGCAGGAGAAGAAAGUGCUAGAUCUUCACCAUAAGAAGAUCCUUUCACCACUUACCACUGUGGGGAACUUGCCUUACCGUAGGUUGAUGCGCAGUAUGGGUGCUGACGUUACGUAUAGUGAAAUGGCUCUUGCGGUACCGUUGAUUCAGGGAACUAACUCCGAAUGGGCAUUACCAAAGGCUCACUGUUCUGAAUUACCGGGAUUUGGUGUUCAAAUUGCAUGCUCAAAGCCAUGGCAAGCCGCGAAAGCUGCUGAGGCACUGGCCGCAAAUGUUGGAGGUGGUGUAAGUGAAAUCAAUCUUAACAGUGGCUGUCCAAUUGACCUUUUGUACAGACAAGGUAGCGGCAGUGCGUUGUUGGACAAUCCAGCAAGGAUGAUCCGUUGUCUCAAUGCCAUGAAUUACGUUUCAGGCGAUAUUCCAAUCUCAGUAAAACUGCGGACAGGUACCAAGGAUAACCACCCGAUGGCUAUUGGCAUAUGUAAGAGACUUGUUAUGGAAACUGACGUUGCUGCUAUUACUCUCCAUGGUAGAACAAGGCAGCAAAGGUACACUAAAUCUGCAGAUUGGGAAUACGUUGGGAAGGUUGCUAAUGCGGUUCGUGAAUAUGAAGUCGAGCGUGAAGAGAAACUAAAAGAAUCUCGUGAAGGAAAGACUAGAAUACAAUUUGUCGGUAACGGUGACUGUAACAACUGGGAGGAUUGGUAUAAGCACUUAGAAAACGAGAACAUAGAUUCGGUGAUGGUUGCGCGUGGUGCGCUCAUUAAACCUUGGAUCUUUGAAGAAGUCGAGGCCAAGCAAUACCUUGACAAAAGCAGCUCUGAACGUCUUGAAAUGUUGAAAAACUAUGCUAAAUUUGCAAUGGACCAUUGGGGAACUGAUGAAUACGGUAUCGCACAGUGUCGCCGGUUUUUCUGUGAAUUCAUGUCUUUCUUCCAUCGUUACGUUCCAAUGGGCAUAUGUGAGAGAUACCCAGUGUUGCUAAACGAAAGACCUCCAAACUGGCGCGGUCGUGACGAUCUUGAGACUUGGCUCGGAAGUACGGACGUUAACGACUGGGUAAAGUUAUCUGACUUGUUUUUUGGUAAAGCAACCGACAAGUUUGUCUUCCAACCGAAGCAUAAAAGUAAUUCGCAUACAGUGGCCACAUAG